AUGGCAUUCAACAAGAAGUACGCCGGUCUACCUGACCUGGAUCCAGCCCCGGACAUUUACGAAACCCCUGACCUGACCGACGAAGCCUCCACCGUCCCCACUGCAACUCUUCGCACAGACUCCGACCAUGAUGAUGCCGGUUUCAACUCCGACAUUGACCGCGAGGGCGUCAAUGCCGACCAGGCGCGUCUGCAUUUCAUGGGUGCGGCGGUCGACGCGCGCGACGCCAAUUUCUCCGACAGCAUUUCUUCAAAGCGCCAAGCAUAUCGUAGCAAAGAUAAAAGCAACCGGAGGCGGCGGAGACGUGAGGAUGGAACUGAGGAGGUCGGUGAUUUGAGUGACAGCGAAGACGAGUCGCUCGAGCGAAAGCUGGCACGUCUGCGGCGCGAAGUUGAGGACUUGAAAGUGGAAAUGGAGAACCGGUCUAGCUCUGGGGCAAAUGACGGGUUAGAGACUGGCGUGAAUCAGGCUACAUCUGCAGCUGACAGGUCGGGAGAGAAUACACUGGGUGACGGUGUCGUGGAGCUGAGUCGAGCAUUGGACAAUUUGCAUGCCUCCUCUCGUGGCGGCCAGGCUGCUUCAUAUUCGGCCGCGACGUUGCUCGCAAAGAAGCUUGACACUGGGUCCCAGAGUGCUCCGACACCCAGUGCAGACGCCCAAAAGCAACCUAACCCAACCAGCGAGUCCGCAACAGCGGCCGUUACACCCGUACCAUCCCAGACCGCCGCUGCCCCUCCAUCUGCGGGACUGCUCUCUCAUGCAGCUGCGUUUGAAGGACGCCUGGCUCUCCUCGAAGCGUCGAUGGGAAUUUCGAGCUCUUCGAACCCAUUCGUCGGCGAUGGCCUCAGUGAGCCGGCUUUGCAACCCGUGCUCCCUGCACUGGAACAAAUGACCUCCCGCCUCUCGGCACUCACCGGUCUACUCGUUGGCGCAAACCCCACCUCUGGCGGUCCAGGCGCAGUCCCUGGAUUGACCACUACACAAUUGGAAUCUUUGUCCACGCGAGUCCGCAAGUUAACCACCGAUGCUGAGGCACUUGCCUCUGCUCGCAAGCGUGCAGCUGACGCAGCCAAGGCUGCCCAGACCGCGCGAAUUGCUUCAGGCUCCGAUGGAGACGCUGUGACUGCAGCAGAAGGCUCUGGUGCUGUGGACGACGAACAAAUCGCCAAGAUUCAAGCGCUCUACGCCACCCUCCCAACCAUUCAGUCCCUGCAUCCUUUACUACCGAGUGUGCUGGAACGUCUUCGCUCCCUACGUGCUUGUCAUGCCGGUGCCGCUCACGCUGCCGAAUCUCUCAACGAGCUUGAGAAACGGCAUGCAGAGAUGGCCACUGAGAUUGGGCAAUGGCGCGAGGGUCUCACGGCCGUUGAAGAGAAGAUGAAACAAGGCGAGGCAUCUCUGCGCUCAAACGUCGAGACUGUUGAACCCUGGGUGCGAGAUCUGGAGUCUCGUAUGGCCCGUCUGGAAGGCCCUCCUGGUGGUCUGUAG